AUGCUAGAGAGGCUAUUGAAUCAGAAAUUAAAAUUAAAUCUUUUAAUGAAAAAUCAUUACAUCCAAAAGUUGUUGAAUCGAUUUCAUGUCAAGCUUUUGUUACACAAAUGAUAAUUAAUCCUUACGACACGAAAAAGGAAAGCGUUACUAAAAAACAAUCAUAUUUCGGUGAUUUUAUGCAUUUAUGGAGAGAUUACUCUAUAAGAAUUAAUCGUUCAACCAUGAACAUGAAUAAACUGAAAAUUCUUAUCGACUAUGGAUUAAAUAGAAAUGAUUUGAAGAAGCAAUUAGUUAAAAGUAUUGAUUACAUGAACGUUGCAUUGAGAGAAAGAAUUUGA